AUGACCAAAUAUCAAAAGGGAAGCAAAGUUGAAUACCAUCCUAUUGGUGGUUCUACCGGAACUAGUACUUCUACCGGUACCAUUCUACAAGUCAAGGAUGACACCGGCAGUGAUGAAACCCGCUAUGAAAUUCAAAAUGAUCAUACACAAAAGACCGCUACGUACAAAGAGCGCAACAUCUCUCGCGUAUUGGAUUAA